UCUUUUUUGGGCUGCUCUCCUUCUUUCUCCAGCAGCCCAGACUUUCUUGUAUCAGUUGCCACUCAAUAGGGUUUAAGCUCUUUCACUUCCACCAUUUUUGAAGCUUUCCGAGCAAAUGAUAAAAGUUGUGUAUCCAUUUUUGCCUCCAUUAACUCCAUUUUGCUUUCAUUUCUGUUCCAUAAUUUAGCUCUGUCUUCAGAUUCACUCUCACUGGUUCAAAAACGUUGCUGUCUAUGGCCAAUAUUUCUCUGUCUAAACCCUACAAAGGGCGGCUCAGGGGCUUCCCAAACCUUUCCAGAAUCUCAGAACCUUGUCCUCUCUAUCUCCUUCGUCUCUUCAGUUCCACACAAGAACCGACGCUGGCCGCGACUGACGUAUCGGAAACAAGCUCCGAAACUUCCUCUUCCGAUCCACAAACUGUACCCCAAAGCCCAAACCCACCAGAUGUAGCAGGGAACUUGGUGACCCAGAGAGUUCCACGAGGUAAGCAUCGAAACCCAGAAAAGAUUGAAGAUGUUAUCUGUAGAAUGAUGGCGAACCGGGCUUGGACAACCCGUUUGCAGAACUCGAUUCGGGAUUUGGUUCCCGAAUUCGACCAUUCGCUCGUGUGGAAUGUGUUGCACGGUACCAAGAACUCGGAGCACGCGCUCCAGUUCUUUCGGUGGGUCGAGCGUGCCGGUUUAUUAAAGCACGACCGCGAGACCCAUUGGAAAAUUAUUGAGAUUUUAGGCAGAGCUUCGAAGCUCAACCAUGCCAGAUGCAUACUAUUCGACAUGCCUAAGAAGGGUGUGGAAUGGGAUGAGGAUCUUUUUGUUGUACUGAUUGAGAGUUAUGGUAAAGCUGGGAUAGUUCAGGAGGCUGUCAAAAUUUUCAACAAAAUGAAGGAAUUGGGUGUGACGAGGAGUGUCAAGUCUUAUGAUGCAUUGUUUAAGGUUAUCCUUAGGAGGGGACGCUAUAUGAUGGCGAAAAGAUAUUUUAAUGCAAUGUUGAGUGAGGGGAUAGAGCCUACUCGGCACACCUAUAAUGUUAUGCUGUGGGGGUUGUUUCUCUCUUUGAGGUUGGAGACUGCAAAACGGUUUUAUGAAGAUAUGAAGGGCAGGGGCAUUUCACCUGAUGUUGUCACAUAUAAUACAAUGAUUAAUGGGUAUAAUCGGUUCAAACUGAUUGAUGAGGCAGAGAAAUUGUUUACAGAGAUGAAGGGAAGGAACCUGGCACCUACUGUGAUAAGUUAUACCACCAUCUUAAAAGGAUAUGUUUCUGUUGGACGGGUUGAUGAUGCACUGAAAACUUUUGAGGAGAUGAAGUCUUUUGGUAUAAAGCCCAAUGCUGUCACGUAUACUACAUUAUUGCCUGGACUUUGUGAUGCGGAAAAGAUGCCUGAAGCUCGGGUAAUGUUGAAGGAGAUGGUGGAGAAAUAUAUUGCUCCUAAGGACAAUUCUAUCUUUGUCAGAUUGUUAUCUUGCCAGUGCAAGGCUGGGGAUCUGAAUGCCGCUGCAGAUGUUCUCAAGGCAAUGGUUCGGCUAAGCAUUCCGACGGAGGCAGGUCAUUAUGGAAUUUUAAUCGAGAACUUUUGUAGGGCUGGGGUGUACGAUCAGGCAGUGAAGUUGUUGGAUAAGCUUGUAGAAAAAGAAAUUAUAUUAAGGCCCCAAAGUUCCUUGGAGAUGGUACCUAGUUCUUAUAACCCAAUUAUUGAGUAUCUGUGCAAUCAUGGCUAUACAGGGAAAGCUGAAACUUUUUUCCGGCAGUUGUUAAAAAAGGGUGUUCAGGAUCCAGUUGCCUUUAACAAUUUGAUCCGUGGUCAUUCCAAAGAAGGGAAUCCUGAUUCUGCAUUUGAAAUUUUAAAGAUCAUGGGUAGGAGAGGGGUACCUAGAGAUGCAGAUGCUUAUAAGUUGCUUAUCAGGAGCUACUUAAGCAAAGGUGAGCCUUCUGAUGCUAAAACAGCCUUGGAUGGUAUGAUUGAAAGUGGCCAUCUUCCAGACUCAUCAUUAUUCAGGUUAGUGAUGGAGAGUCUAUUUGAAGAUGGGAGGGUUCAAACUGCAAGCAGGGUUAUGAAUAGUAUGUUGGAGAAGGGGGUGAAGGAGAACAUGGACUUAGUUGCUAAGAUUUUGGAAGCCCUUCUCUUGAGAGGUCAUGUGGAGGAAGCAUUGGGACGAAUUAAUCUACUUAUGCAUAGUGGGUGCCCACCUAAUUUUGAUAGUCUCUUAUCUGUUCUUUGUGAGAAAGGGAAGACCAUUGCUGCACUCAAGUUGUUAGAUUUUUGUCUUGAGGGAGACUGUAAUAUUGAUUUCUCAAGCUAUGAUAAGGUGCUGGAUGCUCUUCUAGCGGCAGGGAAAACACUUAAUGCUUAUUCAAUAUUGUGCAAAAUAAUGGAGAAAGGAGGGUCCAAUGAUUGGAGUUCCUGUGAAGAUCUUAUUAGGAGCCUUAAUCAGGAGGGAAACACAAAGCAAGCAGAUAUUCUAUCCAGAAUGAUUAAGAGAGAGAAUACCAGUGGAAGCAGAAAAGGGAAGGUACAAGCUUCAGCUGCUGCCUGAUUUGCUGUCUCUAUAAAGUUUUUGCAGUUGAGAUAGAAUUUUGCUUUUGAAUUAUAUUCUACCUAAGAAAAUGAUACUGAUGAUGAAAUAAGUAAUCAUGAGUUCUGUUGGUUAGUUGAGAUUCCUUUGAACACUCUUCUUUGUUAUUUUCUCUGAUAAUUCCCCACUAUCAUUAUUGUGCUAAAGGCCCUUUGAUAUUCCAUUUUUGCUGAUAUAGAUGAUGCAAUGUAUUAGAUGCUGAACUAAAAUGAUAUCAUAGUAGGGAUGACUCUGUUUUCAGGUCAAACGUGUA